AUGACACAAAAAAGUAAUAAAAGAAAAAAAGAAGAAGAAAUACCAAUUCAAUCAAAUGAAAAUUUAGGAAAUAAAAAUGAUAAAGAUGAUGACGAUGAUGAUUACGAUACAAUAAUUAAAAAUGAAGAAAAAGUUGAAAUUGAAAUUUUAAAAAAAAGAUUUAAAGAUCUUUAUAGAUUAAUUAAAGAUGAAGAAGAAAAGAUUGAAUUUAUUAGUUUUGUAUGUGAACAAUUGAAUGUAAAUAUUGAACCAAUUAAAGCAGUUAAUAAAGAAUCGAAACAAGAUAGUAUAUUACAAACUAUAAUUCAAGAUUUAAAAGAUCAAUUACCAAGUAUAACAACUGAAGCACCAAAUGAAAAGAUAACAAUACCAAAGAAUACAUCAUUCGAAGGAUAUACCAAAGAGAAUACUAUCAAUGUCGAUGGAUUUCUAUACACCGAAGAGGAUAUCGACGAUUUGAUAGAAUCUGGUGAAUUAAAGAAUAACUAUUGUUUAGAUUGCGCAUCGAAAUCAAUUCAACCAAUUAAUUUCAUAUCUCAUUCAACUACACCAAACCAAUUGAAAUAUAUGUUUAGUAGUGAUGUACUUGGUGGUAACUGUAAUUUAAAACAGUCCACUAUCUUGGACAUCGGCUCGAGAUUGGGUGCAUUGUUAUACACUGGUUAUCUAUUUAGUGAUACAAAGAAAUUAAUUGGUUGUGAAAUUAAUCAAUACUUUUCUGAUCUUCAAAAAUCAAUGAUCAACCGUUAUAAAAUGACUGACCGUAUUGAAAUUGUUCAUGGUAAUAUCAUAGAUAAUCAACAGUUAAUUCAACAAUCUGAUAUCAUCUAUAUGAAUAAUGUUUUAGAAUUCUUUCAACAAGAUAAAAAGAAACAUAUCGAAUUUUGGCAAUUCAUUCAAAAUCAAACAAAAUCAAAAAAAGGUUUAAAAAUCUUAACUAUACCUUCAUUAGAAGAAUCUUUUAAAAAUAAUAAAAUACCUUUAAAAUUAAAAGGUUGGAUUAAAAAAAUUCAAUUAGAUUCACCUGUACCACAAGAUGAUCCAACUUUUCCAGAUUAUCAAGAAAUUCAUUUAUAUGAAGUUCUUUAA